UCCCUUCCCGUGCACACAAAUUGUUAUCUGUCCCUACGUCUCUGUCUCUGUCCUCCUUGCAGUAAUAAUGGUGAUAGACACCCAUUGGAUGGAGCGAGCUGCUCCAGCUAGCUUCAUCGCCAUUGGCAUUAGCCUCCUCUUUACUACAUAGCUAGCUUGGUACAGUAAUCGUCAGGCUGGUCACCAUGGAAGCAGCAGAUGAAGAAAGGGCGCCCCUGCUUCUUCCACAGCCUCAACCUCCUCCACAGGAGGAUGCAGAUUCAGAGUACACAGGUGACGGGUCAGUGGACAUCAACAACCAGCCUGCUCUCAAGCGCAGCACGGGCAACUGGAGAGCAUGUUUCAUGAUCCUAGGCGUGGAAUUCAGCGAGAAUUUGGCUUUCUAUGGGAUCUCCAAGAACCUGGUGACCUAUCUUACAAAGGUGCUCCGCGAGAGCAAAGUGAACGCCGCCAGGAAUUCGUCUGCUUGGUCAGGCGCCUGCUACCUCACCCCUCUCUUUGGAGCUUUCUUGGCUGACACUUAUUGGGGAAAAUACCGAACUGUUCUUACUUUCCUCCCUCUUUACAUCCUCGGACUGGUAGCUCUAAUGGUGUCGACGUCGCUGCCGGCGAGCAUGACGUCGUCCGACGCCGGCCACCAGCUCCACAGCGCGGCCGUGUACGUCGGGCUGUACCUGGUGGCGUUCGGGAACGGCGGCGUGAAGCCGUGCACGUCGGCGUUCGGGGCGGACCAGUUCGACGGCGGCGACGCGGCGGAGCUGAGGAGGAAGGGCUCCUUCUUCAACUGGUACACCUUCAUGAUCAACAGCGGGUCCCUGCUGGCGUCCACGGUGCUGGUGUGGCUGCAGGACAAUGUCGGGUGGGGGGUCAGCUUCGUCAUCGUCGUCGUCGUCAUGGCCUUCUUCUUCGCCGUCUUCUUCGCCGGCUCGAAGGUGUACAGGUACAGGCCAGUUGCGGGGAGCCCACUCACCGGUCUCUCUCGGGUGGUGGUCGCCGCCGGAAGGAAGUGGCGUCUGGAGUUGCCGGAGGAUAGCUCGCUUCUGCAUGAGGAUCAAGCUGCCGCUGCUCACCGGAUUAAGCACACCGAUCAAUUCAGGUUCUUGGACAAGGCUGCGAUUGUGGUGACGCCGUCGAGCGGGGAGAAGGCGGCGAGCCCAUGGAGGCAGUGCACGGUGACGCAGGUGGAGGAGCUGAAGAUGGUGCUGCGCCUGUGCCCGAUCUGGGUGUCGCUGGUGCUCUUCUUCUCGGUGAGCAGCCAGAUGUCGUCGACGCUAGUGGAGCAGGGGAUGGCCAUGGACAACCACGUCGGCUCCUUCUCCGUGCCGCCGGCCUCCCUCUCCACCUUCCACUCCAUCGGCGUCCUCCUCUGGAUCCCCGUCUACGACGCCGUCCUGGUGCCGCUGGCGCGGCGCGUCACCGGCAAGCCCAAGGGGAUCACGCAGCUGCAGCGCAUCGGCGUCGGCCUCGCGCUCGCCGCGCUCAUCAUGGCCUACUCGGCGCUCGUCGAGGAGCGGAGGCUGGCCGCCGCGCACACCGGCGCCGCGCCGAUCAGCAUCAUGUGGCAGGUGCCGGCGCAGCUCCUGCACGGCGCGGCGGUGGUGUUUACGAGCAUCGGCAAGUCGGAGUUCUUCUACGACCAGGCGCCGCGCGGCAUGAGGAGCCUGUGCACGGCGCUGGGGCAGCUCGCCAUCGCCGCCGGGAACUACCUGAGCGCGUUCCUGCUCGCCGUCGUGGCGUCCGCCACGGCGAGCGGCGGCGCGCCUGGCUGGAUCCCGGACGACCUGAACAAGGGACACCUGGACUACUUCUUCUGGCUCAUGGCCGCCCUGCUGCUGCUCGACUUGGCCUUCUUUAUAUACUGCGCCAUGCGAUACAAAGUGGACUGCCGAGCUACAAGUUGUACGACACAGGAGCGGGAUUCUCUAAAAAGCAAGGUCGUGGGUGGCCAAAAGGGUCCACUUGGAGACUUGGGAUCUCAGCGGAAAAUAUGAAGGUUGCUUAGGUACCGAGAGGUAUCAAAUUUUACAUAAAAAAUAAUGAUAGGUACUUCUCUUGUUAUAAAAAUUUAUUGGCAACGAAUGUAACAACGUAAUCAAAUCAUGGAUCGGAUAAGUAACUAAAAGAAAAAAAAACCAUUUAUAAUUUGCUAAAAAAGGGAGAGAAGAUCGAGGGAGAAUGAUGGAUGGACUGCGUCAUAGAGCUCAUAGUUUUUUCUUUAAAAAAAUUAAUAUUA